AUGGUAUUGUUCAAAUCGCCACACCGGGAUCUCGAAAUCCCAACCAACAUCACAACGUGGGAAUGGGCAUUCGAGCCGGGCCCGUACUCACCACUGUACAAUCAGCCCCAACCCCAGCAAUCGUUGGCGGGAUACGUCAACGCGGCCACGAAAGAGCGGCUCAACUGGGACCAGGUCAAGACCCAGGCGACGCAGCUGAGCACAGCGCUAGUGCACCAGUAUGGCCUCCACGCGGGCGACACGGUCAGCUUGUUCAGUACAAACACCAUCUGGUAUCCCGUCGCGAUGUGGGCUGUUGUUCGUGCAGGCGGGCGAGUCAACGGCGCAUCACCAGCGUACACGGCGGAGGAAAUGACGCACGCACUGAAAACAGCCAAGUCUAAGAUCCUCAUCACGCUCCCGAGCUCUCUGGCCGUAGCGCUGGAAGCUGCGCGCGAGGCUGGGAUCCCGGAUUCUCAUGUCCUGCUGCUGGAGGGUAGCUCCGAGGGGUUCGUCAGUAUUCAGACUCUCAUGGAGGAGAUCGGGCAGCGGUAUGAGCCUGACCUGCCUUUUCGGAUCCCAGAGGGCAAGACGAAUGCCCAGGUUUGUGGGUAUUUGAACUUUAGUAGUGGGACUACGGGGUUACCUAAAGCGGUCAUGCUGUCCCAUCAGAACAUCAUUGCUCAAUGCCAUCAGCUUCGGCAGUUGCAAGCAGGUCGAGAUUAUAAGAUACUCGCGGUAAUGCCGUUGUUUCACAUCACUGGGCUUGUCCGAUUCUGCACAUACCCGGUCUUUAUGAAUGGCGAUUCGGUAAUGCUGCCUGCCUUUAGCAUGAAGGCAAUGUUGGACGCAAUCGUCGAAUUCCAGAUCAAAGAACUCAUUCUCGUCCCUCCCAUAAUCAUCCGUCUGGUGCGGGAUAAAAUUGUCGACGACUAUGCUCUGCGGCACGUCGAACGAUGGUCGUCAGGGUCCGCUCCCAUUUCGCCAGAGAUCAUUGAAUUACUCAGGAGGAAAUUCCCCUGGACCGGGUUCAGGCAAGGGUACGGUGCUACAGAAUCGACGGCGUGCAUUUCCUGCCAUCCGCCAAGCCAUUAUGACUAUAAAUAUGCGACGACUGGGGGAAUGUUGGUGGCGAAUACCGUGGCAAAGGUGCUGGAUCUGACGACAGGGAAGGAGCUUGGCCCGGGAGAGACUGGAGAGAUCCUCGCUCGUGGGCCACAGAUUGCGAUGGGAUAUCUGGGCAAUCCGACAGCGUCGGCAGAAACGUUCGAUGCGGAGGGAUUCUUCCAUACGGGCGAUGUCGGGAACAUCGACAAUGAGGGCUUGAUCCACAUCGAAGAUCGCAUCAAAGAGAUGAUCAAGGUCAAGGGGUUGCAGGUGCCUCCUGCAGAGCUGGAGGACUUACUUUUAGGUCAUCCACAGGUUGAAGAUUGUGCCGUCCUCGGUAUCCCCGACGAUUACUCGGGCGAGAGGCCCAAGGCGUACGUGGUGUUGAAGAGGGGCAUUGAACCGACGCCCGAGGUUGGGAGGCGACUGCUGAAAUUUGUGAAGGAGAGAAAGGUCAGGUAUAAAUGGCUUCACGAGCUGGAAUUCACGGACGAGGUUCCUAAGAGCCCCACCGGGAAGUUGCUGAGGAGAGUACUGAAGGUCAGAAAUAAAGAGGAGGGUAGGAAGGGGGUUUGGGUAAGAGACGAGACGGAACGAGCUAGACUGUGA